UCACACAUGCGUCCAGUUUCUUUUAUAUUCUUUAAUCGAUAACCUCCUUAACCCACGUUUAAUUAUUUGCAUUCAGGAGGAACACGACUCUGUAAGAUAUCUCUCCCGCCGUCUAGUUGCCACGUUUUCAAAAAGAGACGAACUUAUGAUAAGGGAUUCCAUAAAGUAAAAAAAAAUUGCUGAGUAUUGUAAUCAAUAGCGUUCUUGGAAACGUUCUCAAUGUUUACGAAUCCCGUAAAUAACUUCUGAAGAUUACAUAUAACAAUAAUAAAAAAGUCUUGUAUAAAAUAAUUAUUAGAUGUCAAAUUUUUUUUCUUAAAUUUAGAGAUGGAAUCGCGAAGAGGACGAAGAGUAAAGAUUAAAACUCCGUUUUGUGUUCAGUUUGUUGUUUGUGCCAGUUUAAAGUGUACUCUCCCAGUUGUUAUCCUUACCGAAUUUUUUUUACUCUACCUUUUUUACUUUUAUCGGAAUUCAUUUUGGUUUAUUAGAUAAGAAAGUAUUAAUAAAUGCAGAUCUGUCUAUAAAAUAUGAUUUCGAAAGAUCUCCUUUCUAGUGUUUUGACUGAAAAUUUCCUUUCGUCUAAUUAUGUGUAUAAAUUUUUUUAAUUAAGUCAUAAUUUGAAGUUAUCUUUCUUAAAUAAAAAUAUACUCCGAAUCAAACCCAAAUAAAUGGAUCAAAAGGCGAUUAUUAUGAUCAAGAUGGUAUGUUUCAUCAUUUACACCGAAGCAAUGAACGUGCAUCAACCGAGAUAUUUCUGCGGAUCAGUCUUAGGCGAUACUUUAAUGAAAUAUAAUUGUGUAUAUCACGAAGAAAAAGCUUUGGAUUACGUAGUUGGCUACACUGGGAUAGUUAAAGAAUGUUGUUUUCAAAGGUGUUCCGAAUAUGAUUUGGUUAAAAGUUAUUGUAGCCAAUCUAAUAUAGAUUCCAUUAUGAAGCAAUCCCCAACAACUCCGAAGGGUUUUAUUGAAGAGAUCCCUUCGUAUUCGGAUGAAGUUUCGAGGAAUAUGCAAAAAGAUGAAUCUUUAAAAAACGGAAAUAAUUAUCGAAGACAUUUCGUGGACGAGGUUGGUAAUAAAAGAAAAUCUAACAAGAAAAAAAAUCGAAAAAAUACUAACCCAAAAAAGAAAAGUUGUUCCUGCAAAUGUAUUAACACCAGAAAUCCCAUUAUUAACAAGGAAACAAUUGUAAAAUCCCCAGUUGUUGGCUUAACAAAUUUUAGCAGAAAUAGCAUCAUUAGAGUACCACUCCGCAAUAAUAACAUUCAAAAGGAUUAACCAACAAAGUCUUUAAUUUUGAAAAAUCAUCAGUAUUGAUUGUUUAUUUAUUAUUGUGUUAUCAAAUAAAUCAUUACAAAAA